ACAUGCCGCCGCAGCUUGCUCGGAGUCUCAAGACAUCUCACAGCUGGGCCAGCAUUUUCUAUCUAUCGUUCUCACCUUAGACAAAGCCUAAGCCCCAUCCAACACCUACAUCUAUCUACAUCAGUUACAAUGCAAGGGAUUAUGAGUUGUGCAAGGACUUGGUUGAUUGUAAUGUCCAUGAUACAUGUUUUUGUUUAAUGGCAUUACCAGAGAGGUACAUUCGGCUCUCUUCGAUGACCUAGAGGUACGUACUAGGUACAAAUGUAGACUCCUCUUGCCAAUUGAACGAAACAUCUCGCACUUUCCCAAAAUUUUAAACAAGCACAAACAGGCAGUCAGACAUACCGAAGCCGAGGAAGGUGCAUUUGGGCCUCGUUUUCCAACCCUAUUCUUUUUCUUUCUUCUUUUCUCUUUUUUACACGUCGUGAUGACUUCAAAUUCAUUACUACCAACUGCUAUUCAGCCAAUUAGACACGCUCUGAUAUUCAACAGGCAAUCCUUGAUCCUACAUCCUCCGUUGCCAUCACAUCUUGAUUCGUUCUUUCCGGCCGCAUGCGGUAACUUUUCGCAAUUCCAAUCCAAUUGCACGCCUACCUCCAGCAAUACCAGUCAAGAUGUCACGAUGAGAUACCGGUCCAACCCGAAUGAUGCAAUACUGCAUUAUCUUUGAACACGGGUGUCCUCAGGAUGGUCCUCAACAUCAACCAUGAUCGC